GAUAUUUAAUUUGGGGACGUUAUAGUCGCGAGGCUACGUCAUAUCGCCAAAUUGUUUCGUUUCGUUUUUAAUUUUUUAUGCAGGAAAACAGAAUAAUCAGUGUAAAUUGAAGUAUAUAUCGUUCAAAAUGUACAAAAUUAGCUUCGACAUUGUGAUUCAACAAAGCUGAAAGGCACGUGGCAAUUUAAUCAACAAAAACGUGGUGGAACGUAGUAGAGUGGAAUUUUGUUAUCAAACGGCUCUAGAGAGAGCACGGGCAGGCCGCGAGUCAGCUAGGCAUGGCGGAGGCGGCGCCCGGCAAUAUUGUGAAGGAGGGAUGGCUCAUGAAGCGCGGGGAACACAUCCGCAACUGGCGCGAUCGCUACUUCAUCCUUUUCGACAAUGGUGACCUGAUGGGCUUCAAAUCGCAGCCCGAGCGUAAUAACUACCGUGAUCCUCUCAACAAGUUCACUGUGCGUGACUGUCAGAUCAUGGCCUUUGACAAACCACGCUUCUAUGCGUUCACAAUACGAGGCCUGCAAUGGACCACGGUCAUUGAGAGAAACUUCGCAGUGGAGACCGUGAGAAAACGCGAGGAUUGGAUGGCGGCCAUCCGGUACGUGUCGUCCCGGAUGAGCGGCGGCAUGGCUGCCCCCGUCCUCGCCCCCGUCCCCGCGACAGCCGCCGCAGUCCCCGCGCUGCCCGACGGCGAAGACCAAGACAUCGCACAACUAGGGACCAGCUUCAGAGAUCCCAGGCGGAUUACCUUGGAAAAGUUCGAGUUUGUAAAGGUGCUUGGGAAAGGCACGUUCGGCAAGGUUGUCUUGAGUAGAGAGAAAGGGACGGGGAAGCUGUACGCCAUGAAAAUCCUCAAGAAGAACGUCAUCAUUCAGAAGGACGAGGUGGCUCACACGAUCACCGAAAACCACGUGCUCAAGAAGAACAAGCACCCGUUUCUCACCUCGCUGCGCUACUCGUUCCAGACGGCCGACCGCGUGUGCUUCGUGAUGGAGUACGCCAACGGCGGUGAGCUGUUCUUCCACCUGUCUCACGAGCGGUUCUUCAGCGAGGACCGCACGCGCUUCUACGGCGCCGAGAUCGUGUCGGCGCUGGGCUAUCUGCACGCGCGGGGCAUCAUAUACCGCGACCUCAAGCUGGAGAACCUGCUGCUCGACAAGGACGGCCACAUCAAGAUCGCCGACUUCGGCCUAUGCAAGGUGAACAUCACAUACGGGCGCACCACCAAGACAUUCUGCGGUACGCCUGAGUACCUGGCGCCCGAGGUACUGGAGGACGCGGACUACGGGCCCGCCGUCGACUGGUGGGGCACCGGCGUGGUGCUGUACGAGAUGGCUUGCGGGCGCCUGCCCUUCUACAACCGCGACCACGACCGGCUGUUCGCCCUCAUCCUGGAGGAGGAGGUGCGCUUCCCCCGCAGCCUGUCGGCGCCAUGCCGCGCGCUGCUGGCCGCGCUGCUCACCAAGGAGCCCGCGCGACGCCUGGGCGCCGGCCCGGCCGACGCGCAGGAGAUCAUGCACCACCCGUUCUUCGCGUCCAUCAACUGGGCGGACCUGGUCGCCAAGAAGAUCCCGCCGCCGUUCAAGCCGCAGGUGGAGUUGGACACGGACACGCGCUACUUCGACUCGGAGUUCACGGGCGAGUCCGUGGAGCUCACGCCGCCCGACGCCGAGAACGACCUACAGCUCGACCACUUCCCGCAGUUCUCUUACCAGGACAUCUGCUCGUCGGCGCACUCCGUUCUGUCGCACCUGCCACAAUCGCAACACUCGCUCGCCGACCGGCGGCACUAGGCGCGGGCCCGGCCGGCUUGUGCCGUACUCUAGUUGGUGUGUGUGUAUGCAUCGUUCACACACACUUCUCCACAUGUCAGCUUGUACUCUGUAUUGCAAUGUGCGUUAUUCGAUCGACAGUAGCGGGUCGUGUACCCCGCGUGGGCCGCGCCCUCUUCUCUCAUUUAUAAAUAUUACAUUAUUAUUAAGAUUAAGCGCGUUAUCAUUUGUAUUUUUCCACCAAAAGAUUGUUAUGUAUAACAUUUGGCAUAUGUUUUCAUUUAGGUACUUAUUAUAUUGGUCACCGGUAGCAACAGACAUAUCCGUCAAGCGGCCGCUCUCGAGACGGCCGUCUCUCCCCCGCGCAUUCUGUUCCCCUUUCAUUUGUAUAUAUUAUUAUAAUAAAGUUAAGGGUUAAAGUUUA